CGGCGCGCGCACACACCGAGGGACGUGCGGAGGGUGCGAGCCGCGCAGCGAGCGCAGAUCUGCCUCCGGCCGCUGGGCGCCCCCCUGCCGCCCCAUGCUGUGCUCCAUGGCGAACUCGGGCUGCCUCCUGCUGUCCAACUCCGGCAGCAUGCUCCCGCACUCCGUGCCCUGCCCGCCCGCCUUCCUCUACCUCCAACAGGGCAACCAGGACACCACGGCUCCGCCCGAAGCGAUGGCCCAGCCCUACCCCCCUGCCCAGUACCCCCCUCCACCACAGAACGGCAUCCCUGCCGAGUACGCCCCGCCCCCACCGCACCCCACGCAGGACUACCCGGGCCAGACCCCAGUCCCCCCAGAGCACGGCAUGACCCUGUACACACCAGCACAGACCCACCCUGAGCAGCCAGGCACCGAAGCCAGCACACAGCCCAUUGCAGGGGCCCAGACAGUGCCGCAGACAGACGAGGCGGCACAGACGGACAGCCAGCCACUGCACCCCUCCGACCCCACAGAGAAGCAGCAGCCCAAGCGGCUACACGUCUCCAACAUCCCCUUCCGGUUCAGGGACCCGGACCUGCGGCAAAUGUUCGGGCAAUUCGGAAAAAUUUUAGACGUGGAGAUCAUUUUUAACGAGCGGGGCUCCAAGGGUUUUGGGUUUGUAACUUUUGAAACUAGCUCAGAUGCUGACCGAGCCCGGGAGAAGCUGAAUGGGACGAUCGUAGAGGGACGGAAAAUUGAGGUCAAUAACGCCACGGCCCGAGUUAUGACCAAUAAGAAGACUGCCAACCCCUACACCAAUGGCUGGAAGCUAAACCCGGUGGUAGGCGCAGUCUACGGGCCUGAGUUCUAUGCAGUGACCGGGUUCCCCUACCCCACCACGGGCACAGCCGUUGCCUACAGGGGUGCACACCUGCGGGGCCGGGGCCGAGCCGUGUAUAAUACGUUUCGGGCUGCACCGCCCCCGCCCCCCAUCCCAACUUAUGGAGCGGCACUGGAGCAAACGCUUGUUAAAAUGCCAGUCCCAUGGGCAGGGCUGGCACCCUGCCCCCUCCCUCCUCAGCAGACACCGGAGCCGGCCUACCCCACCUCUCCAGCGUUCCCACCACUUUCUUGUCCGUUUGCUUCCAGGGUCGUGUAUCAGGAUGGCUUUUAUGGUGCUGAGAUUUAUGGAGGCUAUGCAGCCUACAGGUAUGCUCAGCCAGCAGCGGCAGCAGCAGCCUACAGCGACAGCUAUGGCAGAGUCUACGCAGCUGCUGACCCCUACCACCACACCAUCGGGCCCGCGGCGACCUACAGCAUUGGGACCAUGGCUAGCCUCUGCCGAGGAGGGUACAGCCGCUUCACCCCCUACUAGCAAGAGGCCCAGCCCCUAACAGCAUUCACUGACUGCCUAGUACACACCAAACCCAGCAGUCCAAACCAGGCACAGCCACCCGGAGGACAGUGCACCCCUCCCGGUCAGCGACACGCACCACUGACCUCCGUCCAUAGGUUUUACCUCCAGCCAGCUGGUCUCCCCCUCGAUGGCGUGUGUGUCUCUGACGUUGGUUACCCCUGUAUGUCUGAAAUCUUGGUUCCUAUUUUCACUUUGUUGACGUUGUGCCCCCCAAGCCAUUUCAGGUACGGUAUGCACAGAGUGGGAGAGGCGAGGCUGGGCAGGAGACCCCUCCCCGAGAAUUAGCAAUAGAGCCCACGAGGGCAGCACCCCCUCCCCAUCCCCCGGGUCUGCAGAGCCACAGAAGACCUCCAGCUGGCCUCCCCAGGAAGCCACCCCAGCCAGCCCAGGCCACAGCUCCCAUCUGUCACCUGGGGUUCAGGGAGCGAGGGGCUCCCGUCCACCCCAGUUGGUGGGUUCCCGGGCACAACACUGCUCCCUUCCGACCCUCACCCAGCUAUUCACGGCAGUAGCCGCCUCUGCCCUCCUCGCCCCUGUCCAGCUGAAACUAACAUUUCUGAUUAAAUUUUGUUGAUAAUGUUUCCUGCCAAAGCAGUCACAAGCAUGUCGUGGGGGAGCCACACCAGCCUCAGGGGUUUCUUAGCCUCUAUUGUAACAGAUGAAAGUGCAGGAAGAAAUAUCCCUGCCCCGAGACCCAGUGAGGCCCAUAACUAUACUGCUUUGCAGUGCCUGAGGGCCCCUCCAGCCCUACCGGUCCUGCCAGCAGCAGGCUCUCCCCUCUGGCCAGAUGGGGGCCCGGCCAGACUGGCCCUGGUGUUUGCACAGCACCGCCUUCCCUUCCCAGAACUGGGACACAUCUUUUUAUCAGGGUACCUUUCAGGAGGCGAAAGCCGGAGUGGGAGAGCAGGUGGGGAGCAGGGCGAUGCCCAUGCUCAGGCCUUUCUGGCGGGACAGCGCUCAGUGUUAACCUCCCGUCUAGAGGCUCGGCACUUAGCCCUGCGGCCCUGUGGUCCCAUGGCUCUGUGGCUGUGCAGGGCUCUGGGAGGAGAUGCUGGCUGAGGCCUGCAGGUAAAACAGACAGCCUAGGGAGCUUCUGGAAGAGUCCACCCAGACAGGCCAAGGCCCUUGCCAUGUGCCGGCCCCAGCACCUCCGUUACAGGAAAGUGUCACAGCCAAGGAAGCCCUGGUCUAAGCUGCCAGAGCUGGGCCUCCGGGGUGGACAGCUGGCUAGAGGGUGCGGGGUCCCCAUCAGCCAGGGUGUGAUCCGCCACCCUACUCCACCGGCACAUCAGCCCCUUGCUGGUGGAGUGGGAAGAUCACACCCAGGGCCCCCGGCUCCUCACCUUCCGUUCCCCAGUGCACCGCCUUCUCAGCUGCCUCAUUCCAGACCCCACAUGGCCUGUGCUGCACCAGCCAUCCACCACACCCUGACUCCAGCCCUCAUCCAGCCAAGCUAGGCAGGCCCCUGCCCUCUCAGCUCCUAGCAGAGUCCACUGGCGGUGUCUGCCAGCCAGGUUCACUGUGGUUUCUCCAUUCCUACUGCCCCCAGUUCUUCCCACCACCAGUCCAUGCCCUCGCUGCCCUGGAGGAUGGAGGCCUGCCUUAAAUUCAACAGAAAGCUGGGAGGAGGGGACAGGUUCAGGGAUGCUAGGACUUUAG